AAUAAAUAUUAAUAUUUUGUUUGUAUUUUUACUAUUUAUUAUUUAAUAUUUCGAAUUAUAGGUGCAAUAGUCGCAUGUGAUAUUCUUGAAUAUUGUUAGUUUACAGGCUAUCUAUAGUUUUUAGAAAUAUAAUUCUUUUAGCUUAGGAAUGGUCGAUCAUAUUAAUUCUGGUAAUUGGGAUCCGGGAAGGUUUUUAUUUAACGAAUAAAUCAUAACUAGUUGGCUAAACCAUUCAAGAUCACCAGAAUGAUGACUUUCUUUGACAUGUAAUCAAUACUUAUUUAUAAAAUUAAGUACAACAACUUAAAUACAUUUACCUAGCAUUGAUUGUUUUGAAGACGUUAUGAUGGAUGUUGACAAUAAAGAGUCAAUAACACUCUGCUUUGAUAGUGGUGACAAAGUCAUAUCAGAGAAAUCAUUACUGGUUAAACAUAGUUUGUAUUUUGAAGCCAUGUUUAGAGGUCAAUUCUUAGAGUCCCGCAUCAGUGGAGAAAUCCAACUAAAGGAUAUUAAUCAUAAAGGCUUUGUGUGGAUUCUUGACUAUUUAAAAGUUAAAUGUAUUACUUUGGAAUCCAUAUCUGAAAUACUACUUCUAUUAGAAACUACACAAAUUCUCCAAUUUACCGAGAUAACCAAACAGUGUAUCCAAAUAGUCGAGAAGCAAUUUCUUUUUUCAGCUUGUGCGAUUCAAAUAUUUUCUGUAGCUUUUAAACUGGAUCUACAUGAACUAUAUGAAAAAUCACGUAUUUAUAUUUUGUACAAUUUCAAUGUGCUCACUAUUCAUAACAGAGAUGAAUUUUUCAAAUUGACGGUAGAAGAUUUAUAUCAACUGCUAUGUGACAACAGUUUAAAUGUUGAAAAAGAAAUUCAUGUAUUCGAUUUAGUAAUUGAAUGGUGUUCAAAAACUGGCAGAGAAGAUAUUGAAAAUGAAAUAGCUAUAGCUUGUGUACACUUUAAUACUAUGGAUGUGUCUCAGUUACAGUAUUGUUUAUCAAAAACAAAUAAUUUCAAAUUGCAAAACAAUAUAGAACAAUACUUGCAUAACAAAAUCAAUGGUGAUAAUAAUGAUACAAUAAAAUCUAUAAGACGCGUUCCUAUUGCUCUUUGUGGAAUAAAGAACGAAGACAGUGGUCAUGCUUAUAUUUACUAUUGGGAUUGGAAUCAAAUGAAAUUUAUAAAAUUCCUCCAAUUAGAUCCACUACCUCUUGACACGACUGGAUAUCAUGUUGUUGUUAAAGGCAUGGAUAUUUUUGUACUAGCUGGAGAAAUCGGUUAUGGUAAAGGACAAUGGAAUGAAGCGGGUUGGAAGUACAACAUGAUAAAUAAACAAUGGAGCCAAUUAGAGAAUUUCACAACUACCAAAAGGCGUCACGGGGUUGGAUAUUUUUGUGGUAACGAAUUGUAUCUUUUUGGUGGCCUUACUAAACAUCGGUUGCCAAACGAAUUAAUGGAAAGGUUCAUUUUGAGCGAAGACCAACGUGAACUGAAGCGUGUGCGAAGCUACUUGUGUAAUUUUACGAAAAAAGUCGAUCGCAAAAUUUACACAUGUUUAGAGUUCAAAGGUCAGUUAGUAAUGAUUACCAAAGAACGUAACCCUGUAUGGUUUUACUUGUGUCAUAACAAAAUUGAUCCAUCGCUCUGUGACUGGGGGAGUCGUCCGUUACAUUUAAAUGCUAUUAUUAUUUGUGCGACCAAUUAUUUUGAUAGUAUUUAUUUACUAGCUUACAAUGAUCAGUUAAACAUCACUUUAUACUGUUAUUGUCCUGUGGACGAGUCAUGCGAGGACGUUGUAAAUUUCAAAGCGGUAUACGAUCAAGACUCUACAAUGUGUUCUUUCAACGGAAAUAAAGCAAUGGUAUUCACAAAUAAUGUUCUCGAGUGUUACAAUGUAGACAAUAAAAAAUAUCGAGAAUAUCCUAUACAUUUAGAUUUAUUUCAUUCAAAUUAUUUUUUCAAUAUUCCAAUUUACUGAUAUUAUUAUUCUAGAAUUAAUAAAAUAUAUUGAGACUGUUGCUUAUAUUAUUUGUGUAGCGCAUUUAAUAAUGUUAAUAUAACGCUUUUUGUACCUAUAAUUAUUAUAAACUAGUGAUUAAUUUUAGUUAAAAAAAUAUGUACACCAAAACAUAGAAAUAUAGUAUUUUUCUAUAGCUAUUUGUAAUAAAAUAUAUUUUUAUUGAAAGUAUUUACUAUUUGCUAUAAUAUUAAUAGAUAAGCUCUUUGAAAAACAUAUUCCUUAAGGAAUUGUUUUUCUGUGCCUUGUGACAUAGAAUUAUAGAACUUCAGUAAGUUAGGAUGGGUAGUAUUUGAGCUAAUUUAUAAUAGUUAAAGUAUGACCAGCAUCAACGAACGCGUUUUGCUAAAAUGUACAGGUUUUCCUUUAUACAAAAACUUGUUAUUUAAAACAUUCAAAUUUUAUGUUGUAGUAUAAAUAGUAUAAAAAAUUUAAAUCAUUUAGAUUUUAGACAAACAUUACAAUUUUGAACGAUUUAAAUAGUUUUUUUUUGUUUAAGCAUAAGUUGUAAACUUUGUCCAGAACGCGCUCCGAACGCUUGAUUAUAACUACAAUUUGUAUUUUUCUAAAUGUUCUUACAUAGAAUCAUAAAAAUUAGUGGCAUGUAUUGGAUAUCGGAGAUAUCGUAUUCUCCGUUGUUUUAUAUUUUAUAUGUAAAAAG